AUGGUCCGAACAAGAAAUGCGGAAAAGUCCGCAAAGGACGAACCAAGCCAAGAACAGACGACUGAGCAACCGAUCGAGGACACUCCCAAGUCGCCUGUCGCAGCCUCUGAAAACAAAGACAACAGCCCACCAGAAGACAAAAAAGAUGACGCCGCAUCUAAAGCGCGCGAGAGAAUGGACAGGUUCAAAGCUCUAAAGGCUCGAGCUAAAUCUGCGACUGAGCGCAACUUGAAAGAAACCGCGGCCGAAUCUCAGCGUCUGACCACCGAUCCCGCCUUGAUGAACACGUUGAAUCGCAAGCAUGCGUUCGCCUCACACAACCUCCUCAAAGCAGACACCGAAGCUUCCGGGGAGGACUUCGAACGCAAACGCGCAUGGGAUUGGACAGUCGAAGAAUCCGAGAAAUGGGAUAGGCGUAUGGAAAAGAAGCAGCGUCACCGAGACAACGUAGCUUUCCAAGAUUACACUCAAGAUGCUCAGAAAGUGUACAAGAGACAGCUGAGAGAACUGCCCCCGAACUUGGAGGCCUAUGAAAAGGAGAAGCUCGCUGCGAUUGAGCGAGCUGCAGCCAACGGUGACCUUGAGAUUGUGGAGACCGAAGAUGGUGAAAUGAUUGCAGUCGACAAGAAUGGUAGCUUCUACUCUACUGCGGACUCGACUGGCUUUACGGAAAGCAAACCGGAUCGUGCUGCUGUCGACAGACUGGUCAACGAUAUCCAGAAGGCCGAGGAUGUGCGCUUGAAGAAACGCAAGGAGCGUCGUGGUGGCGAUGAUGACGGUGAUGUCACAUACAUCAACGAAAAGAACAGACAGUUCAACCAGAAACUGGCUCGCUUCUACAACAAGGUUGGUGGUACUUGUCAAUUCUUGUGA